GCGUGUUAGUUGGUCGAUUAGAGAGUGGACACUGUGUGAUCAGGCAUGUAGAUUUCAUUGAUCAUUACCAGCCUCAAGGGAACACUCUCGACGCAUCAUGGAGACGGGAAAGCAAUUGACAGGUACACUGGCUAUCGCAGUGUUCACAGCAGCUCUGGGUUCCCUGCAGUUCGGAUACAGUCUAGGAGUCAUCAAUGCACCCCAGAAGGUCAUUGAGAAGCACUAUGCUCUGUCUUUGGGCGUGUGGUCCGAGAGGUCAGCACUGCCAGAAAACAUCACAGAGGGAGAAAGUCCCCCAGAGGAACAAAAGCAUCCUUCCGUGGUCAUGUACUGGUCACUGUCGGUGGCCAUCUUCUCCAUUGGCGGGAUGGUGUCCUCCUUCCUGGUGGGAUUUAUCGGAAACUUUAAAGGAAGGGUGAGGGGCAUGCUGAUGGUCAACGUUUUGGCUGUAGUGGCUGGACUGCUGAUGGGUCUGUCCAGGAUGUGGAAGCCCCACAUCAUGGUCAUUGCGGGCCGCGCCAUCAUGGGCUUCUACUGUGGUUUAACAUCUGGAUUGGUACCGAUGUAUAUUGGAGAAAUUGCACCUAAAGCUUACAGAGGAGCUCUGGGAACGUUACAUCAGUUGGCCAUUGUCAUUGGCAUCCUACUCAGCCAGGUAAUAGGUUUGGAUUUUAUUCUCGGUAACGAUGAAAUGUGGCACGUGCUGCUUGGUCUGUCCGGAGCUCCUGCGGUAUUACAGUCCAUUUUGUUGCCGCUUUGCCCCGAGAGUCCACGCUACCUUUACAUCCUGAUGGGAAAAGAGCAGGAAGCCCGGAAAAGUCUGCUUCGUCUAAAGGGGGCGUAUGAUCCUGCUCACGAUCUGGAAGAAAUGAGGAGGGAGAAGGAAGAAGCAGACAAAGAGCCGAAGGUGUCGAUCCAUUCUUUGAUCCUCUCCUCUGUAUAUAGGAAGCAGCUGUUUGUUGCCCUCAUGAUGCACCUUUCACAGCAGCUGUCUGGCAUUAACGCAAUCUUCUACUACUCUACAGCCAUCUUUACCCAAGCUGGUGUCAGUCAGCCAGUCUAUGCCACGAUAGGAGUGGGGGUCAUCAACACGGUCUUUACUUUGGUGUCUGUUGCACUGGUGGACAGAGCCGGGAGGCGCACUCUGACUCUGGUUGGUCUGGGAGGGAUGUGCUGCUGUGCUGUUGCCAUGACAGUGGGUCUCAAAUUCCAGCAUGACUACUCCUGGAUGAGCUACGUCAGCAUGGCAGCCAUCUUUCUGUUUGUAAGCUUCUUUGAGAUUGGCCCCGGUCCCAUUCCUUGGUUCAUAGUGGCUGAACUGUUCAGCCAGGGGCCUCGGCCGGCCGCCAUCGCCCUCGCAGGCUGCUGCAACUGGACCAGUAACUUUAUCAUUGGCAUGACCUUCCCAUACAUACAGGCUUGGAUGGGCUGCUAUGUGUUCAUCCUGUUUGCCGUGUUGCUUCUCUGCUUCACCAUAUUCAUUUAUUUCCGGGUUCCUGAGACCAAGGGCAAAACGUUUGAGGAAAUUGCCGCCGUCUUCCAAAAGAAAAAGAGGAUCCCCAAAGACAAUGCUGAACUGGAGCAGCUCAAAUCGUCCAGUGAUGCUUAAGGCAGCAGCAGCUACGGUGGCUGCACGGCAACAUUGCUACCAACUGUUUCACCGUGCAUCCCAAAGAUGUCAAAGAGGUCAAAACCUCUUGACCUUAUUCACGUGUUAUCGAGUUACAACAACACACUUUAAAGUGUUUUAUUGGUCAUGUAUAUGAUAGACUGAUUCAAAUUAGAGCAUAAUCGUAAAGGGAAAAGACGAAUAUGAUUGGAAAUUAGUUAGCAUGAAGCUAACCAACUUCAUGCUAACUUCAUGCUUUGUAAUGUUGGUUCUUCAGUAUUAAUUUCUAGGAAACCUCUGAGGCUUUCUCAUAACAGUUUAAUUUAUAGAUAUCAAUUGCUUAAGUGACUUUUAUUUAGGUGUUUUAAAGUAAACGGGGCUGAAUACAAAUACAAACAAAACUUUUUUACAUGUUUAUAGCAGCGUUGUGUAUUGUUUUACUUCCACAGCACUGUUAAGCACUACUUUGUGUCGCCCUAUCUCAUAAAAUCCCAAUUAUGUAAAAGUUUGUGUUUGUAACAUGACAAAAUAUUUUCCAAGAAGUACCGUUUAUUAAUGACAUAGUACAUUCAUUUAAAUAUAUCCCUCGCCCACUCCCCCCACUUUUUUUUUCUACACAACAGCAUCAGUUAAAUUUCGCAAUGUUUACAUGUAACCGAAUUCAAAUUUUUACUACAGUAAUGAAAGUAAAAGUUUACUAUUAUAAGUGCUUUACAAUGACAACAAACCAUAUACCCACCAUAUAGGGGAGAAAAGUUAUAAAAUUCGUUAAAGCUAAAUAUCUGUAAACGUAGAAUGGAAACAACACAUAGCAACAGUAAUAUGUACAUUAAUCAAAACAUUUAAGUCUUAAAGAAAAACUGCAAAACAGUUGUUGAAGGAGUAAGGACACUAUGAGCAAAAACUGUGCCAGCUCCAAUUACAGCAUGGUUAGCUUGUGUUAUGUGAUCAGCAAUAAAGCUGGUCUAAAUGAGGGAUAAUAUAAAAAGCAUAAAAACUGGAAGGCAAAGCCGACAAGUAAAUGAAUUACACCGCUCUGUCUAAAAUCUCCUGGAAAAUUUGACACAAUUCUUCCCUGUGUUGAAGAAUUUGAUAAAACUUCCAUUUAGUUAGUGGAGUCCAAUGCAGUUUACUUGAACAGGUUCAAUAUUUGAAAUAAAAAAAAAUAUUUUUUUUAUUUUUUUUUCCACCUAAGUCGUUGCUUGAGGGUUGUGGUUUUCCAAGGGCAGAUAUAAUUUGAAUUGAAGUUGAAAUGGAAUUUUUUUUGAGUAACAUUCCAGAGGUUCUACUGUCUUGUAAGAUUUGGGAGCAAAGUUCAGAAGCAUCUCUCAAAUCUUUUUAAGAGACCUGUUACCUUACUGCUUGCUAGAAAAGGAGACGCCUCACAGAAGAUUGCAACUUAAUGAGUGGGUGGAGCAAUGUCUGCUCCACCCUCUGGAUCAAACAAGGAAGAUAAUGCACAUUUCUAAUUAACAAGUGAGGCAGAAUUUUUAAAUUGUUCUAAAGCAUCAUAUUAAUUGAAAUAAAAUUUUAUUUCACAAUAAUAUUGAAAUCUUAGGAGCAACAGGGUAAAUGCUGAUCAUUAUCAGACGAAAAACAUACUAUAUUUUUUUUUAAUGUUAAAUCAGCUUUAAAUGUAUGUUUAUUAUUCAACAAAGAAAAACUUUCAGGGUAUCUUUGGACAUUUUCUGACUUCACACAAGCUUUAAAAAAUGUUUUAUGCAGUAUCUAUGUCAGAAGAAAACAUUAUUUUGUACUUCAAAAGUGUGACCUUUAAGGCAUGUAGUUUUAUCACUUUGUCUUUCUGCAGUAUAAUAUAAAAAACAUCUGAAAAUGUAAGCUUUCAAUAUUUCUUUUUCUGUAUGAAAAAACAAUAAAAGCAUUCCUAUUGUACUUCA